CGAACAACAUCACGGCGAUGCAUAUUUCUAUGGCCAAUCUCAGACGGGGACCCACCUCUCUCCCCGUUCUUCUCUGCGACACCAACGCAGCUGACUGACGCCAAGACUCGCUUCCCGCUGCUGCCGAACGUUCUAGGCACCCUCCCCUCCUCGCACUGCGCGUAUAUGUCGGCAGCCUCGUCCUCAUCAAGACGCGUGCCUCACUCAUUCCCGCCCAUGAAGAACCAUCUCUGUCCUCUCUGCCAGCGCGCGUUCAGCACCACCGGGCAUCUCACACGGCAUGUAAAGAUCCACACGGGGGAAAAGAACCAUCUGUGCCCCUUCCCUGGGUGCACGACACGGUGUUCGAGGCAAGAUAACCUGCAGCAACACUAUCGCAUCCAUCUCUCUGGCACCACCCGCCGCAAGUCGGGGCGUAUGGUGAUUCGAUCGCAGCCGCCCCCGCUCAUCGACGAACCCCCAGCAGCGUCGCCUCCGCCCAUGCCCUCCUUCGUCCCGUCUUCCGCCUCGUGCUCGUACCCGUCGUCCUCGUACCAGUCCUCCUCGUCCUCCUCCCGCGGCCAGUCGCCCCUGCCUACACCGCCGCCCCUCGAGGACUCCCGGCACUACUACCUCGGGCGCGCGCGCUCCGACGGCGGCCUGUCGCCCUGCUUCGAGGACGGGCCCGCGGACACCAACAGCAGCAGCAGCAGCAGCGGUGGCGGCAGCCGGCGCAACUCGUACAUCGACGUCGGCAUCGCCGUGCCCGGCGGCGGCGGGUACAUCGAGCCUGACGAGAUGCCCGCACCGCUGGUGGACAGCUACCCGGCGCCGCGGAUCGAGGACUACAGCAAGGAGCUGGAGGAGCAGCGGAUCGUGCGGGCGAAGCACCGCGAUCUGCAGCGACGAUUUGGGGCGGGGCCGUAUUCCGUCAAGGUGCCGAUGUCGCUGACCAGGCAUCGAUCCCUGCCUGCACUGGAUAUCGCCAUGGAUGAAACGGGGUCCGCAUUGGCGGCUCACUCCGCGCUGGUCGUCCAAUCCUCGUCUCCCCCCUAUCAUCCGUUGUCAAUGGGAUCUGAGUUCUCGUCCCCCGUCAGCAGGAGUGCAAGGAACGGGCGGACGCUGUUGCAGAGCCGCUCGAUGGACCAUCUCGGCGUCACCUGCACCUCCAGCUCGCCCUAUGACGCGUCGCACCUCGCUGCUUAUGCAUAUGGGUACAAUGCAGCCGAGAUGGACGAGGAGGGCUAUGACUCGGAGUGCAGCUCGUCCCAGAGCCCGUCCGUGCCGUUCCCCGCCGACUACCCCGGCUACGAGGCACCUCACGAGAUGCACUGCCAACCGGCUAUGGACGUCUCGCGGGAUCUCCUCCAGCAGCAUGUCUCGGACUUCCCGUCACGGUCUUCGGUCGAAUCUCAGCAAUCCCUGUACUCUUGCGACGGCAACUUUGUGACCUACCCCUCCCACUUUGGCUACUACGAGGGGCAGUACAUGGACCACUACAGUGGGGUCCCAGCCGGCGCGUCGCCUGAGGGAUACUCUCUAGCUGCUGGCCCUCUUGAAACGCCAGUUCUCCAUCAGCCUCAGCCCCAAGCUCCGGUGGAGUACUUCGCCGCUUACGUCCAGAGCCCCUGGGUCAUGGCCAACCAAUAGUCUCGAUAUCUUGAUACGCUUCCAUAAGAACAGUUUCUGGCAUAUCACUGUAUAUAAUUCUGUACACUCUCGGAUCCUUCACACCUACGUACUGUACUUACUUGUCAUUCUUCUUAAAACAUGUUCACGACGCGCACCGUACACGGACCUACUCUACUUACUUACGUGUACUUGGUCUGCUAAAAUAUUUGGCCCUGCUGCGGCCUCGUUACGGUCACUCGCGGGGACUCUACGCGAAACAGCAUCCCACCCACCGGACACAACACUUCCGGAGCUUCGAGAACGAAGGCUGGAACGCAGCAGCAUAUCUAUCUAUCAUCUGGCCUGCAGCGGUGAUGAUAAGAAUGCAGCGAUGCCCGUUGCAACCCAAGACACAAUCAGCUUCUCUUUAUCAAAUCGCGCUGCGCUCGAAGACAGCUGCUCGUGGGCUCUUCGGGGACACGUCUGAUCGGGCACCUGCAGACCGCGUGGCGGGCCUCUGUGCUGCGAAUGAGUAAGCGGGACCCACACAAAAGCUGAGCUCAUGCGCCUGCCAUAAGCACAUGAAUUUUACCGUCGUGGAUCGCGAGGAUGUCGUGCGUGGGAUGUUCUAGUCAGGCCCCCGCUGACUGAGAUAUAAUCCAUUCCAGUGAAUGGUGCUUGGGAGUGAAGACACAGUGCUCAAGGCAGAGGUACGAUGGAUCGAAAGGACUGGGGGCUCUAUGCACUCUCAAAGCAAUGCAGAUUUGAGAUAUAGCAGUGGUGGUUUAGCCGAGCUCGAUUCUGGAUCCUCCGCCGUCAACCAGCACAGCAGCUACCGUAACGAUCUGCCGUUGGAAGAUCGGAGGACUAGACCUUGGCUACAGGUAGCGGCGUCUGCAAUGAUCACAAAACUGAAGCGAGUUGAGGUGUCUCAUGAUCAUCAGCAAUCCUCGAGUAGCCUAUGAUCUGCACCAUGUCAGACUCGGAUCACCGCAAUCACAGACUAUUUCCCCACAAUUUCUCGCGUUUUCAGAUGGAAUCUGAACUGAAUCUGUCUUUUUCUGGGCAUUUGGCGUGCACCGCGCACCAGCGCUCAAAUCUGCUACGAACGUGCUUAUCCUGGCUGAUAUCUGGGAGCGUGAGAGUUUGAGGUCGCGAGACCGAGUGGGUUAACUGUUUUACCUCGGGACCGCUCGUGUACGCACGCCUAAGCGCGAUCGAUUCGAAAAGCAAACAGAUCACCUAAUAUCAUCGAUACCCCUUCUACAGCACGCUGUGAAUCCGGCCGCCAGCCUCUCUUCGAGUGCGAAGAAGCGUGCGGAUAAAUCGAUUUGUUCCCUUGAGCGUCGCCUGGCCCCUCAAAGGGGAUCGCAUUGCCCGUUGCUCGUCCGUGCGAUCGAGACAGAAAAAGCACGACUGGCGCCUGAUACCAGCUCACGACCGGUUGAAUCUCGAUAUCCGCCGCCCCCGGACAAGCAACUCAGAGCCCACUCCCCAGCGCUGGAUCCGGAUGUCCCAGAUAAUGAAUGAAACCGGGCCCCGAGCGCAUAUCCCUGGCGGAAGCCCUGAUUGGCGCCUUGUAGGUGGGCGCAGCUGAUGCGGGUCCGCGGCGAGCUGGUAUUGAUUUCCAGAUCGCCGCACUGCUCGGCUGCGCACGCGGGCCGUCGAUGGAAAACCCGGUGGAAAUUCAGCGGACGCCGCUCACCGAGCCGGCGCGCGCGCGUGCGCGUGUGCUGGCCACGUGAGCGACGCGGAUGCAGCGCGUGAUCGUGUCUUCGACCGCGGCUGAUCCGAUAAUGCCGACCGGAGCCAACCCAACGACCCGCCUUUUGGCGCGGUUUUGCCCCAAAUUAGGAGAUGCAUAUCCCGCGAGGUGCAUAAGUAUGAAAUAAUCCGCAGAUCGCAGAUUCGUGGGGGUUUAUGAACUGAGCAUGUUGGUUCCAUCCAGAGAACCGCUGUGCAGAGACGAUUCCUUGCUCUCGCCCCCCUACAGGCCCAUGACAAGGCCAAAUACGCACAGGAGAGGGUAUAAAACUGCGUGACACCGCCUCCCUCGAAUCCACCACAUCUCAUCGAUUAACCACCAUGUACACCACCUCCACCAGCCUCCCCGUCUCCGAGAACUGCGGAAACACCAAGUGCACCUGCGGGACCGCCUGCCAGUGCAAGCCCGGCGAGUGCAAAUGCUAAGGGAUCCGCCCCGCUCGCCGGCCUCGUCGUCGAUAAGUAGAUCUGUAGUUAUUGCGAAUGUGAAUAUCAUCAGUGUAUUGUUCGGUUGUGCGGAUCGUGUGCGGGAGGAUUGCAGC